CGCAAAGAAACUCUCAAGAUGACUGACACACGCGAGCGUCUGGACACGUUGGGCAGCCAGGUUGAUCCUGCAGCUCGGCAGCUCGUGGACACGCUGCUUCAAUUCAGCGGGGAACCUGCACGCCUCGAGAAGCAACGUUCACAAUUUGCCCCUGUCGUCAACUUUGACAUGCUUCCCACACGGCAACAGCAAUGGCAGGUUGUCUUGGAUGCCUGCAAAGGCAUUGAAGAGGACUUGCAGGUGUCCUUGACGAUUCCGCGCAACACAAAGAGACGAAAGUCAAGGAAGCGGUCCUCGCAGGCAUUUCUGGCGUCAGAGGCCAAGGCAGCACAAGCUGCAUCACCGCAAGUGCAGCGCGCACACAGCUUCCUUCUGGACCCAGACGACCUUGAAGCCGCGGCAGACAGUAACGCCCACAACACAAGCACUAGUCCCAUCGCGCGUGCGCUUCGCCAAGCCUCGUCGCCCCAGCAGCAACAGCAAGAAGGCGUUCCGGCUUAUGAGCAGGCGCGGUUCUCCCAAGCGCCCAAUCCAUCAUCAGCAUCAGCGCGCCAGCAACUCCCAACCGCACCGCCAAGCACACAGCAGCAGCAGCAGCAGCAAGGCGUCAACUCUGACCACAGUGAAGCCGACGACGCCGUGGACGACGGCUACUCGCGAUUGCGCGCCGACAGUGCUGCACAUUCAAACGCCUCUGAUCCGUACUCACGCGUACGGUCACCAACGCCAAAGACCACCGUCUCGCUUGACAGCUACUACGAGACAUCACUCGACAUUGACCUGCACGAAUUCAAGUGGUUCCUUGGUGACCUCUCACGCGAGGGUGCCAUCGACGUGCUUCGCGGCACGCCGCCAGGCACGUUCAUCGUGCGCACGACCACGUCCCAGUGCAUCCUCUCCGUCAGAGGGCCCACGCCAGAUGCCGUUCGCCACUUUGAGGUGAGCCAUCCAACGUACAAAGGACGGCAAAGUUCGCUUGGGCGACGAAGAAGAGCAGUUUGA